AUGCCCGCUCUCCGCAGCCAAGGAGAGUUCUUCAUGACCGGCAUCGUACCAGCAGGUCCCCAGCCCGAAGAAUCAGACUGCUCAAUCUGUGCCGAACAUCUCGCCGAGGAUGUGGCCUUCAGGCGUGCAGGAAGAGUUGAGGAAGGUGACCUAAGAUUGGCUCAGCUCGCUUUGGGACGACAGACUGCCGCGACCCGCACAUCGGUUCAUACGGAACCGGUAAACUUUGAUCGUCGCAACAUCCGUUCUGCAAAUACACCAGAGUCCAUCAGGGGAUGGGCAAGGCGAACCCAAGCUGAGAUGUCUAGACAGAUGACUCCGGAAGAUAGGGAACUCAUGCGAAGGCUGAGACAGACUGCUCAGGAACGAGAGCAGGAACGAGAGGAUGAAGAGGCCCGCACAGCGCUUGAUAGGAUCCCGCCCGGUGCAGAUCGUAUGUUAUUCCGGUCUGUGGGCACACCAACCUGGAGAAGUAGUAUGGAGGAGGCACUUGAAGAUGGGGACCCUGAGCGUCCCACAGAAAAUAGGAGGAACACUUUGCAAAGAAUGUCACAGAUGGUUCGGGAUGGAGAAGCCCCAGAAAUCGAAGAGCUAAUUCGUAGGCAACCGGCUUACCACGCCUUAGGUGGUGCGCCUGUAGCCAGCUCCGCCGACCAGACAACGGCAUCGGGAAGAGCAGAAGAACGGACUAGACUGCAAUCUAGGCAUGACUUAGCGGUGGCUGAAAUGAGACAACUGGAAGCAGCCCGUCUUCAAGAUGGGCUCCUACACGACAGUGCCGAAGCAGCAGCACUCGAGCGAAACUUGGCAGAUCUGAAUAGAAUCAGGCGUGACAGCAGACAGCAACUUCAACAGUUGGAUAGACGGGCUGCUGGAGAAGACAGCUCGUCAGAUGAUUCGGUUCCCAGUAUCAGGACGCCCAGACGCCAACGCAUGGCAGCUAGACGGGCUGCUGGAGAAGACAGCUCGUCAGAUGAAUCGAGUCCCAAUAUCAGGGCACGCAUACGCCAACGCAUGUUAGCUAGACAGGCUGCUAGAGAAGACAGCUCGUCGGAUGCCUCGUCAGAUGUCCCCAGCAUCAGGAUGACACGCAUUGAAGCUAUGGCGAACCUACGAGCCGCUGAAGAAGCCAGAUCUCCACAUAAUUCGAACCUCAGCAGCCGACUUGCUGGUGCCGCUGCGGAUUUGGAUUUAAGCAGAGCGAGGACAGCACGAAUAGAGCAAGACAUCCAGACACUGCUAGAUGGAGCCUCAAGGGGACACACCAGCCAGACGCCAGAAUCCUCAGCAACCAACAACAUUCCUCCACAACCUACGCAGUCUGCGGCUCGAGGUCUUUCAAAUGGGAGAACCAUAUACCCGGAUCCGCCGCGAAACACCACCGAACCUAUCGCCCCAGCACGCGAUAUCGCGCCGAGUAGAUUAGCACGAGCCCGUCGUGUCGCAUUGCUGGCCGGUCGUGGUGACGAUGUCCCAGAAGAAGAGAUCGCCGAGUAUUAUGGCUUUCCUGGUCUGACUCAGCUGCACGAUGAAGCCACUUUUACACGCAUGUCGAACUUGGCGCGCCUGCGCGUUCGCGCUCAAGCUGCUGCUGAGCUGGCCACUGUGGACAUGAUGAAUGAACAGGAUGAUGAGAUUCGAAACUUGUUUUGGCCCGGAAGGCAAGCCAAUGACAACAAUUGA